CCAUUUUAGAACUAAUAAAAAGUUUGAGAAUUGAGAUGGGGACAGUGGGUGGUUUUGGGGAGAGGGCGGUGUUGAAGAGCUGGGCGCAGCAGACUGAGGAGAGUUACCAGUUGCAGCAUGCGCUGGUCUUGCGCCUCUCUUCACUGUCUGCUUCCGCUGUUGACCCAAAUUUCUUGACUUUCGGUUCUGAUGUUGAUCAUAGUAAUCGAUCUUUCUCUGAUUCUCCAGAGGCUGUGUCUUAUCGAUUCUGGGUAAAUGGCAGUCUGUCAUAUAAUGAUAGAAUUCCAAAUGGGUUUUACCUAAUCCAUGGGAUGGAUCCAUAUACAUGGACAAUAAGUUCUGAUCAGCAAGAUGGUUGGAUCCCAUCUUUUGAAUCAUUGAAGGGUAUCCAUCCUCGUGAUGAUUUGCCAAUUAAUGUGGUUUUGAUUGAUAAAUCAAGGGAUCCUGGUUUAGAGGAACUGCAAAAUUGGGUUCUCAGCCUUUCUAAUGGCAGGAGCAGCAUAGAAAAUGUUGUUAAUCAGCUUGCGGGACUUGUCUGUAAUAGACUGGGGGGUCUGGCCUCUACUGAAGAAGGAGUUUAUAGACAGUGGAUGAAGUCCACUGAUGUUCUAAUGCUGAAAAACUGCCAAGGCUCUGCUGUUCUUCCUAUUGGAAGCCUGCCUGUUGGCCUCUGCAUCCAUCGAGCAUUACUGUUUAAAGUGUUGGCAGACUCGAUUAAUCUGCCAUGUCGAAUUGCUAAGGGUUGCAAAUUUUGCACUAGGGAAGAUGCUUCCUCGUGCCUUGUUCGAUUUGAUUGUGACAGGGAAUAUUUGGUUGAUUUGUUUGAGGAGCCUGGAGCUUUAAGCCAGCCUGAUUCCUCACUUAAUAGUAUACCUUCAAUCACAAUUUCUUCACCAUUAUGCCAUCCAAGGUUUAAACCAGUCAAAACUGCUACAAACUUCAGGACAUUGGCUAAACUAUAUUUCUUUGACAGUCCAUCAUAUAAACUUGCAUUUGGCGAUUCUUCCUCAGAUAGUGCCAGAUGCCAACACGAUCAAACUGAUCCAAAGCCCCCUAAAUCUGUCUACUCAGCAAACUUGGAUGGAAGUCCUCAUCUGCUGAGUUUUGGCCCACCAAUUGGGCAAGAUAUUUCUUGGGGUGAACUUGUCUUAAAGGAGAAGCUCGGAGUAGGUUCUUUUGGAACCGUUCAUCGUGCUAAUUGGCAUGGUUAUGAAGUUGCUGUGAAAAUUCUUGAGGAGCAAAAUUUCUACACAGAGCGCUUUAGGGAGUUUUUAAGAGAGGUUGCCAUCAUGAAAUCUUUGCGGCAUCCUAACAUUGUUCGCUUUUUGGGUGCUGUAACUCAACCACCAAAGUUGUCCAUUGUUAUGGAAUAUUUAUCAAGAGGCAGCUUAUAUAAACUUCUUCAGAUGCCAAACACUGCAUUUGUACUCAAUCUGACAUGCCGCUUGAAUAUGGCUUACGAUGUGGCAAGUGGAAUGAAUUAUCUUCAUCAGCUUAGGCCACCCAUUGUUCACCGAGAUCUGAAAUCUCCAAACCUUUUAGUGACUGACAACUAUACAGUUAAGGUCUGUGAUUUUGGCCUUUCCCGUUCAAAGGCAAACACAUUUCUUACAUCCAAGACAGGUUGUGGAACUCCAGAGUGGAUGGCACCAGAAGUUCUUCGUGAUGAGCCAUCAAAUGAAAAAUCUGAUAUUUACAGCUUUGGAGUGGUUCUAUGGGAACUUGUGACUCUGCAACAACCUUGGAAGCAUUUAACCCAACUUCAGGUUGUAGCAACAGUUGGUUUUAAGAAUAAAAGACUUGAGAUCCCGAGCAGUGUAAACCCGGGUAUAGCCUCCCUGAUUCAGCUCUGUUGGGCCAAUGAACCCUCAGGACGGCCUUCUUUUUCCUACGUGAUGGAAUCAUUGCAGCAAUUGAUCAGGAAUUCAACAUCUCAAGAACUUCAUGCGCGAACUUGGUGAUUGACCUAACGUUUGCCUGUUAAGACGAUGAUGGAUACCUGAUGAUAGGUGCUGGGUAGCGUGGGUCCCUCCAUUGUACUAGACUCCAAGUAAUGGGGAAUUAUUAGAGGGGAGGGCGCUGGAGU